AUGGUGCCGCCGCCCGCCUUGCUGGUGGCCCUGGCCGGGCUGCUGGCGAGCUGGGCGUCCCCGACGCGGGGCGCGGCGUGCGAGCCGGUGCGCAUCCCGCUCUGCAAGUCGCUGCCCUGGAACAUGACCAAGAUGCCCAACCACCUGCACCACAGCACGCAGGCCAACGCCAUCCUGGCCAUCGAGCAGUUCGAGGCGCUGCUGGGCGUCCACUGCAGCGCCGACCUGCUCUUCUUCCUCUGCGCCAUGUACGCGCCCAUCUGCACCAUCGACUUCCAGCACGAGCCCAUCAAGCCCUGCAAGUCCGUCUGCGAGCGGGCCCGCGCCGGCUGCGAGCCGGUCCUCGUCAAGUACGGCCACGCCUGGCCCGAGAGCCUGGCCUGCGACGAGCUGCCCGUCUACGACCGCGGCGUCUGCAUCUCCCCGGAGGCCAUCGUCACCGCCGAAGGCUCGGAUUUCCCUAUGGAUUCUAAUAAUGGCAACUGUAGAGGCACCAGCAUGGAGCGCUGCAAAUGCAAACCUAUAAAAGCUACUCAGAAAACUUAUCUUCGGAACAAUUACAACUACGUUAUUCGGGCUAAAGUAAAGGAGGUGAAGACCAAAUGUCAUGAUGUCACUGCAGUAGUCGAAGUGAAGGAGAUUCUAAAAUCUUCCUUGGUGAACAUUCCUAGAGACACUGUUAACCUGUACACAAAUUCUGGUUGCCUCUGCCCACCUCUUCAUGCUAAUGAAGAAUACAUCAUUAUGGGUUAUGAAGAUGAAGAACGGUCCAGGUUACUCUUGGUAGAAGGCUCCAUAGCUGAGAAAUGGAAAGACCGUCUAGGUAAAAAAGUAAAGCGCUGGGAUCAGAAACUCCGUCAUCCUGGAAAAGGCAGAAAUGAACCUGGGCAAAGCGAUUCUGUUCAGAAAUCCAGCCGGACCAGCAAUCCACGGCAGAGACGAAACUAGGAGUGAAAUGUCAAUUUAAAAAAUCCAUGGACUUGCAUAAAUUAAAGACGUUGGAGCCGCAAAGGAGAAAUUGCACUAUUGCACGUUAUAUUCUUUUGUUUACUAUGAAAUUAUGUUGUAGCCAAUAUUAGUUUUACCUUCCCUCUUGUUUUUUUUUUCCUGGCAUCCAUAGGUGUAUAUACACCCAGAAAAAUUGUAUAUUUUACUCACAAAUAUCUGUGGAUCCCACUUAAUUGGCAAAUGAGAUGAAGUUAGAAGAUAACCAUGGUUAUUGUUUAUAUGUAAUUAAUGCAGUCCAGAGGUCUUAGCAUCUAGUGGUGCAUGUAUGGAUUUCUAUGCCUAACCAAUUACUGGAUUUAGGACACAGAUCUCUGAAGGUAAUAAUGGCUUCUUAAACAAACCCAGUCAUAGGCCAGUUUAGAUGAUCAUCUUUUGGAACAGAGACUGUGUUCAGUGGAGAAUGGUUCCUUCUUGUGACUCUUGCCCAAACCCACAUCCUAUAUAUAUAUAUAAAAGCCCUAGCGUAUUGGCACUUUCCAG